AUGGCAAACAGUGCCUCUUCUGAACAGAAUCAAAAUCAUUGCAACAACAGUAUUCCUUUGAUGCAGGGUACUCUUCCUACCCUGACCUUAUCUGGGAAGAUCCGAGUGACAGUGACUUUCUUCCUUUUUCUACUCUCCACCACCUUUAAUGCUUCUUUCUUAUUGAAACUUCGGAAAUGGACUCUGAAGGAAAAAGGAAAAAAGCUCUCAAGAAUGAAGGUGCUUUUGAAACACCUGACUUUAGCCAACCUGUUGGAGACUCUGAUUGUCAUGCCCCUGGAUGGGAUGUGGAACAUUACAGUCCAGUGGUAUGCAGGAGAGUUACUCUGCAAGGUCCUCAGCUAUCUGAAGCUUUUCUCCAUGUAUGCCCCAGCCUUCAUGAUGGUGGUAAUCAGCCUGGACCGCUCUCUGGCCAUCACCAGGCCCCUACCUGUGCAGAGCAGCCGGAAGCUUGAACAAUCCAUGAUUGGCCUGGCCUGGCUCCUCAGCAGUGUCUUCGCUGGGCCACAGGUAAACCAUAAAACUACAACUCAAUCAAUCCAAGAACAAUAUACCAAGAGCACGGCUGAGGACCCUGAAGAUGACAGUGGCAUUUGCCGCUUCCUUCAUCAUCUGCUGGACUCCCUACUAUGUCCUAGGAAUUUGGUAUUGGUUUGA